ACAUGCUUGCUUUAUUUAUGUAAUACGCAAAAUACCCUAACAAAGCUCCACCGCUAAUCCUUCGAUACCGAACCAUUUGAAGAACGAAAAGCAAUGGCUUCAUUCGAGCAAGCGCCGCCCGGAAAUGCGAAAGCUGGGGAGAAGAUCUUCAAAACCAAGUGCGCGCAGUGUCACACCGUAGAUAAAGGCGCUGGUCACAAGCAAGGGCCAAAUUUGAAUGGGCUUUUCGGGAGGCAGUCCGGCACAACUGCGGGAUACUCUUAUUCCGCUGCUAACAAAAAUAUGGCUGUGGUUUGGUCAGAGAACACAUUGUAUGACUACUUGCUUAAUCCUAAGAAGUAUAUUCCUGGGACAAAGAUGGUUUUCCCUGGAUUGAAGAAGCCGCAGGAUCGUGCCGAUCUCAUUGCAUAUCUCAAGGAAUCAACUGCCUGAUGGGUGUGCUUUAUAUCAGCUAUUUUGGAACAAAUGAAAGAGUUUUUGAUCAAUGAUUUUUUUCUUUUUGUUACAUGAUAUAAAAACUAGGCGAUUCGCAUAAUAAAAGGAAAACAGCUCCAAUAUAAAUUGGGUUUUGGAGUUGAACCGAGUAGUGUAAGACCAAUCACGUGAAAAGUGAGGCAUUUCAAAUUUUCAUGAUUUAUUUAGGCUCCAACAGUUUCACUGUUAGGUGCUGUUAACUUGUUUA